GGAGUGGGGGCGGUCGGGGAUGGGUCUGUCCGGGACGAGCUUGGCCGACGGCCGACGGCCCGCGUUCGGCGGCGCUGCCCCGCUCCGAGCGGGUCCCGCGGCCGGGCUGACCCGCCGCGCCUCCCCGCCAGGCCCCACCUGCCGCGGCCUGUGCGCCACCGCGGAGCCGAGCCUCUCCUACCAGGAGCUCAAAGACCUGAAGAAGGCCAACGUCCUUCACAUAGACGUGCGGGAGAGGUGGGAGAUCGACAGGUUUGGAAAAAUCCCGGAGUCCAUCAACAUACCGCUGGGUGAAUUAAUGGAAGCUCUACAAAUGGACCCAGCGGAGUUCAAGCAGCAGUAUAAUCAAAAGAUGCCGUCCAAGUCAGACCCUGUGGUUUUCUCCUGUUUGGCAGGAACAAGAAGUAAACAAGCACUUGGUUUUGCCAUGUCCUUGGGUUUCAGCAGAGAAUAGUAAGAAGGCCUCUUCUUGAGAAAGGUAUCUUCUGCAUAUUUUCAGAGUCCAGCAGUAUGCUGGUGGCUUUGACGACUGGGUAAAACAUGAACCUGCAGAAAAGAAAUGAAGAUGACAGUCCCAGCCCGUACCCCAUCAAGACAUCAGGAUGGUUUGUAGGUUUUAGCAAACCGCAUCCAUUCCACUUCCAUAAUAAAGCUCACUACUGGCUUCUUGUGUAAAUGGACAUUCACCUUCAAAUUGCCAUGCCUACCAAUUGGUUUAAAUUAUACCUGAAGACUAUGACAUGAACAGAGGACAUUAAAUUUGCUCAACCUUUCAGCCUUUACUUUGGGUUAUGGUUCUGGUGAAUGCAUGUGAAGAGAACCUAAGUGCAGGUUAUGUUUACUUUCUUGUGUGAUGUAGUUUAUGACUGUUUAACUAAUGAUGAUAGGACAAAUAAAAUCAUUAUUUCUCAAA